AUGGGGAAUGUGAGAGCGAUUGCGAAUGCGAUUCUUGUGGAGGAGUCAAGUGUAUGGGAUUCUCACAUCAAGGAUAAUGUUGAAUGGGCUAAAUUCAAGAAUGAUGGGUUUCCUCAGUAUCCAGACCUUUGUAUUGUGUUUGGUGAUACAUAUGCUACUGGGGCGUAUACAGCAGGAAAUGCAGAAGAAAAUGCAGAAGAGUAUGUGGUGUCGGAUGAAGAAGACAAUGGUGUUAGUGGCGACAAUGGUGGUGGUGAUACCAUAGGUGAUGCGGAGGAAUCUAAUGAAAACGAUGUUGAUACGGGAGUCCCUGCAUCUGACGCGACUCCCACCUCAGUUCGUGAAAAACACAAGUUGAAUAAGACUCCAAAUUCCAAGAGGAAAAGAAAGAGUAACAACCAUGAACUCGGUGUCACCAUGAAAGCCAUUCAAGAAAUGAUCAAAUCAAGGACCGUCAAAUCAACAAGCGACUCCAUAACCUCAUAGGCCCCACCUCCUGUAGACCCCUACUCCAUAGUAGUUGUGGUCGCCGUUCUAAAUGGCAUGUCUGAUUUGGAGCAGAAUCUUUACAAUAAGGCUGUGAAUUAGGCAUGCCUUAAUGCCACUUGGAGAGAGGCUUUCAUGGUUGCUCUACCUGAAAGGAGGUGUGGACUUAUUGAAUCUCUUGAGUAGUUGUUAAGAAACAUGCUAUAGAUUUCUAUUUUGUUUAAUUUCAUCCCAUGACUUAUGUAUUUGACACUUUGUUUGUUUAUG